AUGGGCAACCGGUUAGCUUGUUGUCGCCAAACAUGGAUAGAAUUUCAUGAUGAAAGUGAAGAAGACUGCAAGAAUCACCCAUUACCCCGAGUUUUUGGUCACCAGAAUAAUGGUGCUGAUUUCUCUGAAGAGGAUAGUGGAUUCAAAAUUGAAAAUCGUGAACCCUGUGUCAGUUGUACACUUAUUAGCGUACCUGAGAAACCUUCUGUUGCAUAUAAUUUAACACAACACAUAAGUGAACGGGAACCAGAAGAUGUCGAGUUUGACCCAUCACUUAAUGCCUCACAACAUACACUGUUCCUUUCCGGCAUUACACCUGAAUAUCAAAUAGUAGGAUUUUCCAGGGACCUGACGCCCAAGUCUAGGAAAGGGGCUCCUACAACCCUUUCUUUUAAACGGUGGAGUUCUUGCAGUACUAUAUAUGUUGGGGAUGGCUAUCUGGCUCGUCCUGAUGUGAAUGACAUUGUAUGUAGCGUGUCAGUGGCUAUUCAACUUCUUAUGUGCAGUGAUCUAAACAAACAUUUUUCAAAGCUGUUACAUAAACCGGGUGUAAAUUCAUGUCCUGACUUCCUGCAGGAUAUGUAUGAAGAGGUGUAUAGAAGUUUUGAUGAACGAGUCUACCCCAUUGAGCACCUCGUGUAUGAUGAAGAUGCAAAUACCAAUACUAUAAAUGAUUGGAAAUCUUCAACAGCCUAUCAUAUUCGACAGUUUCUGCGUCGUCUUUUCAGCACAGCUCUAUUGGGACCCGAAUGUGCUAUUGUAGCCCUUAUAUUUCUUGAACGACUUAUACUUGGAGCCGAAGUGGCUAUGACAUCAUGGACAUGGCGUCGUCAACUUUUAGCUUGUGUUCUUCUUGCUAGCAAAGUUUUAGAUGAUCAGGCUGUAUGGAAUAUUGACUAUUGCCAAAUUCUCCGGGAUAUCCAUGUUGAGGAUCUGAAUGCUUUGGAACGACACACAUUAAGACUAUUACGGUUUAAUAUCAAUGUACCAUUUGGAGUAUAUGCCAGAUAUUAUUUUGACUUGUUAACCGUUGGGGAGAGCGCUGGAGUCGCAAAUCAAGCUGUUAAACGAAAACGCUUAACUCCUGAAAGAGCACGCAACUUUCGAAUAUUACCUACUAAUUUGGAAAUAUGUACAUCGGACAAAACAUUAUUAGAUAGAGGAUUUCUUUUUGACUUACCUUCUUUCACAAAAUCAGAAGUAUUGUGCAAUAAGAAAGAGGAACAAAAGCGUAUUACUAUUCAGAAAUCAACAGAAGUUAAAUGCUACAAAGACGGUAAUCAUAAAAAGUUCAUUAAAACUCCUUUUUUAAGUCGAAAUCAGGCAACUAACCAUGAAAUUAACUUGUCCAACCCAAAGUUUGAUCUUAUGCUUGAUCAUGUAACAGUUCCUGUUGAUAUUAAUUAUCAGUCUUUCAAUAAUGUAAUUUCCGAUGAAUCGAUGGUUCCAAUCCACCUAGAUGAAGAAACCGAUUUUGUAAAUUCUACUCCCCCAACUUUUUCAAAGUUAAGAGAUUUUACUUGUCAGUCGAAACAAUCAAAGACAAAGUAUUCUUACACAGACCAAGAGCCUUCUAACCAGUUUCAUCCUUUAUUAUUAUCAUCAUCUUUGGAUUAUCAAAAAGAAACAGUUCCUUGCACGAAGCUUCUGAUCAACUCCUCCUGUAAGCCUUUCCAAACGUCAGCUUGUGUUCGGAAUUUUAAUCCACCUUGUUCCUUAAAUGAAGCAACAGGUGUAGAUCCCAAUAAUGUAACCGAUUCUCGUAUGGGAACAGAGUUCAUGCGAUCUCUUAUGGGUGGCGAUGUAGCUUAUUCCUUAUUACGCGAUUCUGGAUUAUAUUGA